CACAGAGCUGCAGAGGAUUCAGACCGACUUGGGAGCCGCAAGGCGCAGGCUCCGGGACACCACACCUCCGGGCCCUAAGGUCUCUCAGUGUCGCGGGGGUUCUGGGGGAGCUACAGCCACGCUCACGGACGUGCCCGGGGCGGGGUCUCGCUCCAGCAAGGGCCAGGCUAGGCUUCUUCAGUUCCUGCAGACAAAAUCCCAGAAUAAGGAAACUCUGAACCAGGAGUCAUGGAAGCCAAACCCAAGCUCUACUACUUUCAAGGCAGGGGAAGGGUGAAGUCGAUCCGCUGGCUGCCGGCUACAGCUGGAGUGGAGUUUGAAGAAGAAUUUCUUGAGACAAGAGAACAAUAUGAGAAGUUGCAAAAGAAUGGAUGCCUGCUUUUUGGCCAAGUCCCAUUGGUGGAAAUAGACGGGAUGCUGCUGACACAGACCAGAGCCAUCCUCAGCUACCUGGCUGCCAAGUACAACUUGUAUGGGAAGGACUUGAAGGAGAAAGUCAGGAUUGACAUGUAUGCCGAUGGCACCCAGGACCUGAUGAUGAUGAUUAUCGGGGCUCCAUUUAAAGCCCCUCAGGAAAAAGAAGAGAGCUAUGCUUUAGCAGUGAAGAGGGCUAAAACGCGUUACUUCCCAGUGUUUGAAAAGAUUUUAAAAGACCACAGAGAGGCUUUUCUUGUUGGCAACCAACUCAGUUGGGCAGACGUACUACUAGAAGCCAUUUUGAUGGUGGAAGAACUCAGUGCUCCUGUGCUGUCUGACUUCCCUCUGCUGCAGGCAUUUAAGACAAGAAUCAGCAACAUUCCUACAAUUAAGAAGUUCCUGCAACCUGGAAGUCAGAGGAAGCCACCUCCAGAUGGCCACUAUGUUGACGUGGUCAGGACUGUCCUGAAGUUCUAGUGACAGCAUGCUUUAAGGUGGCUACUGCAAGGGUCCAAUCGCAGCAGCAGCUACAGA